AGGAAAAUAUAGAUUUGGGCGGGGUUCUUUGAGGGAGGGCGUUCCUCGUGCAUUCUAUUUCUGCAGCCAGCCAGCCAGCCAUGGAAUCCCUGUCGUCUGCGCCGGAGGCGUAGUAUCCUCUCCCCCUCCCAAAAUCCCAUUUCAGCCCUCCUCGUUCUUCUCCUCCGCGCCGUUCGGAUGAAAAAGAUCGAAAAGGCCGGGUCGCGCGGGCGGCGCCACCACGACCUCCGUUGCCGGUUUCCCGCUGCUUCAACCAUCUCCGCCCUCUCCGCCACCGCUCUUCUACUCAUCGGCGUUCUCUCCUUCCUUACACCUACGCCUCUCGACAACCCUUCUCUUUCUCAGCCCAACCACAACUCUCUCCUGUUGAAGAACGCUGCUGAAGUUAUCACCAACGCCAUCGGGGAUGAGUCGUUCCGGGUUCCGAGCGGAGGAGGGAGUCUUGGAAAGGAUCUCUGGGGGUCGACACUGUCGGAAUUCUAUUAUGGUUGCAGCAAUGCCAGCAAUAAGUUUCAAGCAGCAGAAGCUAUCACGCACACCAAUCGAUACUUGAUGAUUGCAACAAGUGGGGGCUUAAACCAGCAACGAACAGGAAUAACAGAUGCUGUUGUUGCUGCUCGCAUAUUGAAUGCUACCCUUGUCGUUCCGAAGCUGGACCAGAAAUCUUUUUGGAAGGAUGCUAGCAAUUUUUCUGAGAUCUUUGAUGUUGAUUGGUUCAUUUCAUUUCUUUCAAAAGAUGUUAAGAUCAUAAAACAGCUCCCAAAGAAGGGAGGAAAAGUUAUUGGGUCAUAUACCAUGCGUGUUCCGAGGAAGUGCACACCAAGAUGCUAUCAGAAUCGAGUGCUGCCUGUUCUCGUAAAAAAGCAUGCUGUUCAGCUCACCAAGUUCGAUUAUAGGCUCUCAAACAAGCUACCAACAGAUCUACAAAAGCUGAGAUGUAGAGUUAACUAUCAUGCUUUGAAAUUCACGGACUCUAUAUUUGAAAUGGGUAGAAAGUUAACACGGUUGAUGAGGGAGAAAAGCAGGCAUUUCAUUACCCUGCACCUGAGGUUUGAGCCUGAUAUGCUUGCAUUUUCUGGAUGUGAUUAUGGUGGAGGAGAUAAGGAAAGGAGGGAACUGGGAGCAAUACGCAGGAGGUGGAAAACUUUACAUGUAAGCAACCCGGACAAGGCGCGCAGGCAUGGGAAAUGCCCACUCACUCCUGAAGAGGUUGGUCUUAUGCUUAGAGCGUUGGGCUUUGGCAACGAUGUUCACAUCUAUGUAGCAUCUGGGGAAGUAUAUGGAGGAGAAGAGACAUUAGCACCCCUCAGAGCACUCUUCCCUAAUUUCCAUACAAAGGAAACUUUAUCUAGCAGGGAAGAGCUGGCCCCGUUCACCACAUUCUCUUCUCGCAUGGCUGCACUAGAUUUCAUAGUUUGUGAUGAGAGUGAUGUAUUUGUCACCAAUAAUAAUGGUAACAUGGCUCGAAUGUUGGCUGGUCGAAGGAGAUACUUUGGACACAAGAGGACAAUCCGCCCAAAUGCAAAAAAGCUAUACUCCCUGUUUCUUAACCGAGGCAACAUGACGUGGGAAGCAUUUGCCUCCAAAGUUCGUACUAAUCAGAGAGGCUUCAUGGGUGAGCCCAAUGAGGUAAGGCCUGGGAGAGGCGAAUUUCAUGAGAAUCCCUCCACCUGCAUAUGUGAAAAUUCCAAAGCGAAGGCGGCAGUUUCUAAUUUCCGAAGUGGGCAUAAGGAGGGGAGUAAGUAUGGGAAGGAGAAUACAAGCAAACCUAUCAUCAUCAGCGAACCAGCGGAGGACCAUCUUGCUGAUGAUGAGCCGGACUGGUCUGAAAUGGACUAUGGAGAGAAUCAGAUGGAAGAGAAAGGACUGUUGAGUGAAAUGGGAUUGGAUGAUAACAUGAUCAUCAAUCCCGAGUUGGAAGAGAUGCUUUCUGACUAAAAGCAAAAACCUGCUCCUUUUCCCCCACCUGGCGAAUACUUUUUUCUACUUGACCAUUCUUUCAUCAAAUUCUUUGGGCCCAAUCUCGUCUUCCCCUAUCGGCGGUUUGAUCUUCCUGGAAAUAUCUUUGUCUGCUGCCACAGUUUUAGCCCUCUGUACAUAAAAAGUCUUGGUGACAAAGCUGUUGUACAGUGCCCUUCUCUCUUCAAAAUCUCAAAGAUUCCAAGAUAAGCUGUUUGGUUAGAUUUGGGGGGGUGGGAGUUACUAUACAUGUGGAGAAUCAUGUCUCGGAGCAGCACGGCUGCCCUUUCGUUGUUGGAGAGGGUUUUGUUUUUUUCCUUUCUUCCUUGUAAAUUGGGAAAAUUGGGUAUAAUGCAGGGAUGGGGAUUAUCUCGAUCUGAGGGAGGUUUUGGUUAUUGGCUUUUUUGGGAGGAAAGGCAAAUGGCAUGGGUUCUUGUUUGGCUGGACAAUGUUUCAAGAAUGAGAUUUUGUUCGUGUCAAAAAUUUCUUCGAUGGUAUGUAAAUCAUAUGCGAGUUUGCACAUGCAUGCAUUUCUUUGUGCGUCUAUGGUUAGUGGAGAU